UGGACACUGGACACUUGAACACGGCGGCGGAAAUGUGCACCGGGAAGGAAUAUCUGGAGCUGGUCAGCUUGUUCGUGCAGGCCAAGCCUCCCAAGUCCCAAGAGCUGAGGCCUUGCCACCAGCAUGAGCUGCUCCUGCAACUUCUCGGCCGCCGCAAGGAGCCGCUAACCAAGGGACAACUGGCGGAUCUACUCUGGAACGUGACCAGUGGACCAACGAAGAGGAAGAAGUCCUCGAAGGGCAGGAGGCAGUGUGGCGGCAUGGAGCAGCAGCAGGAAACGGAGCCCACCGAUAUCGAAGUGGUGUUUGGCUGCCGCGAGAAGACGCCACCCUCGUCCAUUGGCCACCGAGGCUGGGGAAGAUCACGCAUCGAGUGGCUGCGCCAGCUGGAGGCCCAGCAAAUGCAAUGCUACCACGCCUGGCAGGAGCGGGCAGCCAGAGUCCAGGCAGGUAGCGCCACUGCCCACAAAAAGGACAAGGAAGAGAAACCCAGGAGCAGAAGGAAGCUGCCGAGCCUCUGGGCCCUGAUGCCCUUCAGCUGUGGCUGGGACCUCGCCCACGAUGCCAGCUGCCAGGACGUGACCCACCGCAAGAAGAGAUGAGUUUUCGACCAGCCUGCACUUUGAUUUCGAUUUGCCGAGCGCGCCGGGACCGCAAUUAAAUUCGUCUGCAGACACAACUCUCGACAAGUGCCAGUUGCCAGUUGCCAAAGUUGCAUUCUGCGGCUGACGAGGGGUACUCGUCUGUUCUGAUUCCCUUAGCCCAGUCACGGCCUAAUUUGAUGAAUUCGUCAAGUGCCAACUCGAAGACCAAGUUUUUGGGCGCCAAUUGAAAUCGGCGCGAUGCUCGAAGUUGGCCUUUCAACCAGGCAUUGAGUGCAUCAACUUUAAAGUAGCGAUUUAAGACAGUAGAAAAGGGUUUUAAUUUUUAUUUAGAUACCGAAAGUUCAAUUAAAUUGUUUGGCAAACUGAAA